GCGCCAAGCGUUCACGCGCACCGCGUCACCUGCCUUACGUCAAACCUCAGUCGCGUCAUCACCAACAUCAUUCUAGAGCAGUGUUAUCGGCAGCGGAGGGAGUAUUGUACGAUGGCGGGUGAAGCAGUGGCAUGGCUGCAGAUCAAGGUCGUGGGUGACAGUGCUUAUGGAACGCACGGAGGCAGGAUCGAAGUGUGUGGGAACGAGCAGUUCAAUCUUGGGAGGGAUCCAGAGCUCUGUCGUUACUCAUGGGCUGAUGACCUCACCAUUUCAAGAAAGCACCUUCGCAUCCAUUGCAUCCUCUACGAGCAAAACCCAAUCGCGAAGAUCGCACCAUUCGUCUAUGUAACCGAUUUCUCUUCAAACGGCACUUGUCUCAAGAAAAGCAACUCGGAGUACACGGCGUCCCAAGACGCGGGCAUCCUGAUGGGUCCCAAGAGCACCUUCCUCUUAGAGGAUGGGGAUGAGAUUCGCAUAUCAGAAACCGUCACCCUGAUAUACUGCUCGAAUACGCCGGUAGAGCUUGUGAAGUUGACCGACAUUCAGGAGCGAGAGAAGCUGACGUUCGCUUCACGCUAUCUCCUCACCGGCCGCUUGCUCGGCGAAGGUGGUAACGGCAAAGUCCUUGUAGGCAUCAAUCAAGAGACACAGCGACAACUUGCGUGCAAAACCGUUCGACUAGACAACAUGUAUGACACCUUGGUGCUAUCGAACUUACGCCUUCCUACCGGAAAGCGAGCGAAGCAUCAGAAGUCAGUGAAACAACAACUGCCGACCAGGGUUACCAACUGCUUCCGUGAGUUUGACAUCCUCAAAGACCUCAGCCACCCGAACAUCAUCACUAUUGAAAAAGUAUUUCGGAGUAACAAUACCAUCUACAUCUUCGAAGAGCUCGUCACAGGCGGUGACUUAUUCUCCUUCAUUGAGUACAAGGAGGGCCGCAUCGAUAGUCUGCAGGCCGCGACUAUCAUCUAUCAGAUCUUGAAGGGGAUCAAGUACCUUCACGACCAGGACAUCGUACACCGAGAUCUGAAGCCGGACAACAUACUCAUGUCGUCUCUCGAGGACAGCGCUCGCGUCGUCAUCACCGACUUUGGCAGUGCGAGGUUUCUCCCAGGGAAGAGCAGCCAAAAUCCAGCGAAAGCCAACAAGUACCAACGGAUGUUCUCGCUCGUGGGUACCUUGGAGUACAUGGCGCCUGAGAUUAACCGGCGCAAUAGAGCCAUUCCAGCCGAGGACGGCUACUCAAGAUCCGUCGACAUGUGGUCCAUUGGCACGAUUGCAGCUACACUACUUACCGGAGACACAAUUUUCAUUGAUCGCAGACACCCAGAGUACGACACGAACCCUAAAGCUGUGAUCUUAGGUCUCGCAGCACUCUGUGACCUCAGUCAUCUGGACGAUCCACAUCACCCACUAUGGAGCAAUGUCGGCGACCAACCGAAAGACUUCGUCAAGAAUCUGCUCAUUCUCAAGGAAAAAGAGCGAAUGACAGCGUCGGAGGCUCUUACGCAUGAUUGGUUCUCCUCUUACCCCGAAAACCUUGAGGACAUGUACGCGAACUCCAUUACAGAUUGGGGGCCUUGUGAAACAAGCCAUGAUCUUGUCGAGAUGAUUCCCAAGUCUAUGGCGAACAGCGUCGCUGCAGGUCUGAUCGGCGGAAGUCGGGUUUCAGCGAUGACUUCACGCUAUUUCGCUGUUCGCCAGCCUACAAACACGCUCCGGAAGCAUUCGUCCCAGCGCUGGCGUGCAAACACCCCAUUGCCGUCCAUCAUGCAAGACCAUGAAGCAGCCCAGUUCGCUAGUCAGUUGCAGGCCCCAUCAUACGACAACAGCGAUCCAUCCAAUCAGCACCAACAGCGUCAUUCACUCUCGGCCACAAGCGCGACUGGAACAGGUAUGUAUCGUUCACGUGAAGAUGCAGAUGAUGACACCGACGGCUCCGAAGCGAGCCUGAACGGUUUUACGAACAACUACUCACAGCAAGAACACUUCGAAUAUCUGCCGCCACCUCCAGAACAUGAAUACGUCCUGGUAGGCGAGACGCCCGUUGAGGUCUAUCAUCAACGACAAUGGGCUGAGGAUCAAGGCCAUGAUUCAAUACUGGUAUAUGAGACGCAGCCUGAGUUCCUCCGCCAGCUUACCAACUCUUCCGGCGAUGACGAUGACCUAACGACGUACGAUAUGUGGGCUUAUGAUGACGCGCCAAGUGUGCGCAGUGCAACUCAUGUCGCAGGAAAGCGCAGGAAGCUGUCUCACCACACUUGA